AACUUUGCGGCUCUCCGACAAUACCCGUUGUAAAACACUCGUUGAAGUAGUAGCGUUAAGUGAACGAUACUGAUUUACGCAUCUCGAAGCUCGUAUACCUUUUUCUAAAGGCAAGUCGACAUGGCAUCACCCCACAGAAGUCCAAAAGACUUAAGGAAGAUGAUAAGAGAGACCAAACAGGACAUGGACGAUGUCCACAAGUCUUUGGAGAAACUGCGUGGCCUUUCCCUGGAAGAGAGGACGGAGUCAGGGAUGCUGCGGUCAAGGAUAGACGAGCAAUCGAGUUUGAUUUGCAUUUUGAAACAAAGAGCAGACGACAUGCUUCUUCGUUGUCAGGCUCUGGAGAGGAUCAACUCUGAGUUAGAAGACCUGAGAGCAGACGUACAGACCGAACUUGACAAGGAAAAGAAGAGAUCCAUGCAGUUAGAGCAAAGGUUUAUGGAUCUGGCAGCCAACCAUCAGGAACUGAUACAUUUCAAGGACGAGUACAAAAGACAGAAUGCCAAACUAAAACAGGAGAACGAACGACUUCAGGAAGAGAACGAGAAACUUUUCUCUAAAGACUUACAAGACAAAGAAGCAGUUGUUUUGAAACUAACACAAGAACUGAGAGACCUUGCUGAGCAACAUAGAAGUCUUGAUAAUGAAUAUCAGGGAAAAACAACUGGGUUCAAGACCAAACUUAAAGGGCUCAUGGAUCUCCAUCAUACUAAGGAGGUGUCCUUACAAGGUGAAUUGCAUGAUGCUCAAAGACAGCUGAGCAAUGCAGUGGAGAUGUGCACAGAACUUGAUCAACAGCUUAAAAAAGCAAGAGAAAGUGAUUCAUUGAAAGGGACAGAGAUGCAGAAAAAAAUGGAGGACUUGGCCAAGGAAAAAGACAAAUUCUUGGAUCUCUCGAUGCAAAGGGGGAAACUAAUACAGGAUAAACAGGUGGAAAUCCAGCAGUUGGAGACAAAAAGGCAAGAGGUGGAAAAAAACAGGGCUGCUGCAGAAGAAAGGUUUGAAAGAGAGGCAGCUGUGGUGAACACUAAUUUGAAAGUCAAAGAACUCCAGCAUGCUCUUGAUCAGUCUGUGAACACUUGCAACAAGCUGAAGAAGGAUUUUGAAGCCUAUAAAAACCACAGCACCGACCUACUUGAAAAGGAAAAGGAGUUAAAUGCCAAGCUGCGCCAUAUGAUUGGCUAAGACUACCUUCCAUUCCAUCCACCCAUUCACUGAUGUAAUAAGAUAAGAGUAUGAAUUUGCUUCUUUCCCAGGCCCACCCAUGGCUGUGCCCAUGCACAGUCAUGUGAAAUCCAUAGAUUAUGGCCGAAUGAAUUACUUUCAAUUGACAGAUUUCCUUAUAUGAAC